AUGGCGACCGAUACUCUGCCUUCUCUCGCCAUUCCAGGCACGAUUCUGGGUCCCGCCGGCAAAUAUGUUUCGGGCCCAGGCACACACAUCUACGGAGGCAAUAUUGUCUCGUCGCUGCUAGGCAAUGUCAACGUCACAGCACCAGCCAAAGCUCCUGGGCCGACCAAGCGACUAAACAAGAUCACAGCUCCGUCUGUGGAAGAAUUGUCGACAAUCUCUGUUAUUAGGCGCGGCCGCAAGCGAGAGGUCUUGCCAGAUGUCGGCAACACUGUGUUGGCGCGCGUGGUGCGGCUUAUGCCAAAGCAGGCCAUUGUAGUCAUUCAACAAGUUGGCGAUACAGUUUUGCAGACAGAGUGGCAGGGUGUGAUUCGGGUACAAGAUGUUAGGGCAACGGAGCAAGAUAAGGUCAAGAUUCACGAGUCUUUCAAACCCGGUGAUAUUGUUCGGGCCCAAGUAAUCUCCUUGGGCGACCAAGCCAACUAUUAUCUCUCGACGGCAUCCAACGAACUUGGCGUUAUCAUGGCGACCAGCGAUGUAGGAAAUGACAUGGUUCCCAUCAACUGGAAAGAGUUCAAAGAUCCCGAUACGGGUGUGAGCGAGCCGCGAAAGGUUGCCAAGCCAAGCUGAAGCAACUGCCAAGACACCGAAACUCGACUGUCAUCUUUUGUACUAUGCGCAGCAUCAUAUUGCAGAUAUCGUCAGCAGCAACUGGCCUAGCUAGGCUUCUUGGGCGCCACACAAACAGCCGCGGGUGAAUAGCUGUACAAACACCUAGGCAAGAACUGGGGUUUAUUAGUCAAACACAAGGGCGCUAUUGGAUCUCAGACACUCACAACGCCGAAAUGGACGGCGAACAAAUGAGGCGAUACAUAAGAUGCUGAACAGCACAGACCCUACGAGGCACGCAUUUGAAUGUUACUGUGCUCCAUCAAAAUAGCUUAGCUGGUAGGCAUGGGUUUGGGCAUGGAGUCAGGUUUGGAUUUAGCGCGCUUUUUUCCCUGAACUGUACCUGACUAGAAGGCUGCAGCGUGUGCCCUGGAUUGCCGCAGCUAUCCGUUGCUGCAACAUGGGAGCUCUUAGAGGUGCUCUUAAUCUUGAAGAGUCCUCUAUACUAUUGAUAAAGGGGCCUCUACGAAGCAGUAGCGGCAAUAAUAUGGAAGUGUCUUGAUGUU